AUGCGAUCCUCGAAGUUCUACCUUGAAGCAUUCAACCCAAAGGCCAAACACGAACACGUCAUUGCUUCCCGAGCGUUCACCUUUCCAUUGAAGAUCUUCGAAGAACCCAUGCGUUCAGAGUCGGUGGUCCAUUACAAUUUGCGUGCAUGGCCGCCGAUCCGAACCCAGACUUUAGGCCAGCCAUGUCCUCCAUUCCGCUGGAGUCGGCAGAAUGAUCAUGGAUAUGUCUCAAAGGAUACAAAUAUUAGAACUCCAUUGUACCUCAGUCAAAAACAGAAACCCGUGGCCAUAAAAUUGUCAUCGAUCAGUCGAAAAAAGAGAUCUUCAACAUCCAUUCCGGUCUUCGAGGGAUUCACCGACGGCUUAAAAGUGUAUGGACAGUUGAGACGUGAGUUCUAA